AUGCCCACGGACGAACCCAACCAGAGCCCAACCUCCUUCGCAGAGCUCAUGGCUCUGCGACGUCUCCCCAACCCAUCCUCUAGCAGCGGUCAAACAGAACAGAUCGAACGCUUCGAAUCCCUCGCUACUCCCUACCCACCAGGCGAAGGAACAAGAUCCUUCGGCGGCCAUGUCUACGCACAGUCGGCCUACGCGGCCUCCAAAACAGUCGAGAAGGGCUUCGUGAUCCAUAACAUGACGGGAACAUUCAUCCUAGGAGGCCUCCUAGACGUUCCCUUCGAAUACACCGUGCGCCAUCUCCGCGACGGAAACCUGUACUGCACGCGCUCCGUCGACGUGCGCCAAUCCGGCCAAAUCUGUUUCUCGUGCUUAUGUUCGUUCAAACGGGCCGAAAAUGAGACUACAUUCUCCCAUCAACCUGUCCCCGUACAGGAGCGGUAUGCGUCCAUUAUAGCGGGGAAGAAACCCGAGGAGUACCCCGUGAGUCCGAGCGUAGAUGUGGACUGGUGGAUCAAGGGGGUGGAAUCAGGGGAGUUAUCAGAGAGGGAGUUUCCCGGGGUGGAUAUGCGCAAGGUGGAUAUGAAGGGGUAUAACCAGACGGAAGAGGUGAAGAGUCAUCCGGAGAAGUAUCGGCAGUUAUCGAUGUAUUCACUCAAGGGCCUGCCAUCGGAUUCAGGAAGUAAGGAAGAGUUGAGGAAACGGGAGGAAUCAGGGGAGUUUGAUAAUCUGUAUGCCUGUGCGCAUAUGUAUGCGUGUGAUCGGAAUUCGUUAUUGUUGAUUGUUCGGGCGCUGGGUCGGGCGAGCUUUUCGUCGAUGUCGAGUUUGACUCUCACGGUGGUGUUUCAUCAGCUGGGGGAGGCGUUGAGGAUGAUUGAUUGGGGGUCUGGUGCGGAGGAGGGUCAGGAGGAAGUCAAGAAGAAGUGGUUUGUACAGGAGGGGUGGACUCCGCGGUCGGAGGAGAAUCGGGCGGUUCAUGAGAGUUGGUUGUGGACGCCGGAUGGGAAGUUGUUCGCUACGAGUUAUCAGGAUAGUUUGUUGCGCAUGCCGAGGUUGAGGGAAAAGCUUUAA